CUCCGGUACACCUGCACAUACAAACACACAUAAACACACAGGAAUGAGAUGUGGAGUGUUGCUAUGAAGGAGGAGGAUUUCCAUGAAGGACAGCGCAGCAGAGACAACUGGAGUGGAGGAGGGGGAGUCACACACAUUGGAACAAGAAUAUGACUUGAAGAUGAGCUGUCCUCAGGCUGAGUUAGAGGAGAAGGACUGCCCUCAACCAGAGGAAUUAGAGUGUAAAAUCUGUUACCAACGCUACAAUGCCCACAACCGCAAGCCUAAGAUCCUGGACUGCCUUCACCGGGUCUGUGCCCGCUGCCUCGGUAAAAUCCUGGACAUUGCUGAUGGGGCGGCCUUCAUCUCAUGCCCCUUUUGCCGACACCAGACUGAGAUCACAGAAUACGAGGUGUCAGCCCUCCCUGACGAUGUUAUCAUCAUGUCCCACUUGGCGAUGCGGGACAAAUCCUGGAGUUCCGACCAUAAGGAGGUGGUCCUGACUCCUACGAGUUUCUCCUCAUCAAGCCCGUCCCAUGACUCAUCAAACUGCCUGGUCAUCACUAUAAUGGAAGUGCAGAGGGACUUGCAGCACUCCCCAAGUCGAAAUGGCAGCUCCGACGUCUAUGCCGAGCAGAGCCUGGACUCCGUAUCAAUGGGCUCCAAUGGACCGGCUGAACAGGACGCCCUGUCUAAGUUGUGUAAUCAUGUCCCACGUAUCCUGGUCUGGCUGCUGGGUUUCUUAUACUUUGGCUCACUGCCUCUAGGAAUCUAUUUAUUGGUGAUCCAGAGAGUGACCCUGGGCAUUGUAUGUGUUAGCCUGGUGCCAUCAAGCCUGACAGUUUGUCUGGUCUAUGGGUUCUGCCAGUGUCUGUGCCAGGGCAUGUGUGACUGCUCCACCAGGGGCUGAUAGGAUGCUACUCAAGAACUGGUGUUUGUAGGAUGGAAUAAUGUCAGCUCCAGGUAUUUUGUGUGUUUUGUGAACAGAUAGGGGGCCUUUAUGUAAAUAUGAUGCCCUUUCCUAAACAUACUUUUCAUGCCUAACAGUACAUUUUGUUCAUGCAAAUAAUGGGCCAGUAAAGAGACCCAAUGCCGCCUUUAGCAUUGGACCGUGCUUUUGUUUGUUAGUUGAGCACUGCAACUCAAAAACAGUUUGGCCAACAGGAACAUAGCUCCUUGCAAGCUGUGUUCGUACAUAGGAGUAGUGCCUGUAGGUAGAUUUCUGUGAUGUAUUUCUGUAAUCUUUAUUUGUAUUGUGCUGUGUGUAUUAGUCAAACAUUACGUUUGAGAGCAGAC